GUUAGGAGAGAUUUUCAUCUUUAGGGCAAGAAUACUGGAGCAUAAAGGUCUGGCAAGAGGCUUGCAUUUUUUUAUACACACAAGUUGAAGAGACUUCACUUUCUGACAUACCUUUGUGCGUGUUGUAGGAUCUUGACUUAAACUUGGACAUUUGCUGAAGACCUUGGUGGAAAGUUAGAAAACUCUUCAGAAUUUUAUGUUAAAGUGCUAACAACAUAUGUGUAAAGAUACAUUUUUGAUCUUCAAGUUUUUCAUGUGAAAGAGGACUCCUGUAUUGCAGAAAAGGAAAAUUUAUUAGUUAUAUAUGAUAAAGUACAUGGGAUUGGAUCCAGAGAUAUGUUUCUACAGAGCCAUUAUUAUCUUGCCAAAGAAAGACAAGUGUGAAACUUAUUGCCGUCAGCUUUCAGGAGUUUGCUUCCAAAAAGAUACAAAGUGCCUAAACGAUGGAGAAAGGCGAGCCCUUUAUGCUCCGUGUGAGUAACCCCACCUACAGUCUCACCAACAGGACAGAGAACGCCAUACGAAAGCAGGAUUCCAGGGACCUACUCUUCAACCCCAGGAGGAAAAGAAAGCGGUCAAUCUGGACCCUGCGCAGAUACAGGGACAAAUUCAAGAGCAUGGACAUCGAGAGCCUUUAUCAGCGCUACUGUGUCCGCCUCAAACACUGCCUGUUUAUCAGCCUACUUGUGGUUGUCAUGGCAUUCUGCACUUCUCUUGUCAUCAUUGAUUUUGCUUCUCCGCAUGCCAACCACCCUAACUCCACAGUCCAGCUUGCAGUCACCUUCAGUGGCACUAUCCUAGUCCUCAUCAUGUUGGUUCUCAUCUGCUUCGAAAGAAUAUUCCAGAAGUUCACAGUCCCAGUGACGUUAUUUGUGUGGCUGAUUCUCCUUACAGGCACAUAUGUUUAUGUCGGGUUCAGUGAUGCCAGGAAUUGUAUGGACGAUGUACCUGUGAUAUAUUACAUAAUUAUUGUGACUUAUACAAUGUUGCCGCUGUCACAGCGGUGGGCCAUCUGCCUUGGGACAGCUACAGGUUUGUCACAGAUAUGCAUAGCCUGGGGUUUUGCUCAGAGAUUCAGAGACUAUUUGGAGUACCAGGAAUUCACCAUGGUCAGCUGGGGAUUCGAUCCUGAAUUAUUUAUAACAGUGUAA